GUUUCUUCGGUUUGGUGGCGAUUCCUGUUCUUGAUUGCUUAGCGGGUCUGUUAUUGGUCGCAGCUAUCGGUGAUAGUUAAGCUAGACUUGUUCAUCCUAAAGUCAAAUCAAAGUUUGUUUUUGAGAUAAAGGACUUUCGACAAAGGUUGAACCAAAAGGAAAAUCAACUGAUUUUGUUUGUGACCAAAAUUUGUCUUCUCACGUUGUCUCUCAAUCUAAACCAAAGCCUAAGGUAUCCACAUCCUUCACAUCAACGUCUCAUAUGGGUUAUCAUACACGUUCUAAGGUUCCCAAAGUUGAUGAUUGUAUGGUCCUUCAGGAAAUCAAUCCUGCUGAAAACAAACAAGCUAAACCAAACCGUAAGGCAUUCAGAUCCUUGACACCUAUAGCUGUUGAUGUUGGCCGUAAAUGCUCUACAUCAAAAAAGUUCAAAAAAACUACUGUAAUUGAAUUCACCAAGAAAGUCGAAAGCAGACUGCGUUUAUCGACUGAUGUUUCGAGCCAUCUGUGUCUUUCUCUUGACAACUUGGAUCAUGUUACGGUUCAGAACGAAAAAUGUGAACUCAUUAAGUUGGGCACAAGAGGCGAGAAGUCUGGAAAGGGAUUCAGGUAUGGUUUUAAAAAGUGGUCAGCUUUCUUGAAAUUGAAUUACAUCGAGUUCCGCUCCACUCUUUUCUUUACAUACGUCAAGUCUUCUCAGUAUUUGAUGUUGACCAAAGUCGUACGCAAUAUCACAAAGAAAAGAGGCCGUUCGUGAAUGUUGGUUAUUAUGUUUAUGUUAGAUGGUUAAGCAUGAAUAUUAAAUGUGGUUUUUUGGUUGGUUUGUUUUGAUACUUGGGGA